AUGGGAAAGGAUUAUUAUUCUAUAUUAGGAGUUAGUAAAGAUGCUACUACAAAUGAUUUAAAAAAAGCAUAUAGAAAAAUGGCCAUGAUGUGGCAUCCAGAUAAACAUAAGGAUGUUAAAUCAAAAAAGGAAGCAGAAGAAAAAUUUAAAAAUAUAGCUGAAGCUUAUGAUGUUUUAUCUGAUGAAGAAAAAAGAAAAAUUUAUGAUACAUAUGGAGAAGAAGGAUUAAAAGGAUCUAUUCCUACAGGAGGAAAUACUUAUGUAUAUAGUGGAGUAGAUCCAUCUGAAUUGUUUAGUAGAAUAUUCGGUUCAGAUAGCCAAUUUUCUUUUACAUCAGCAUUUGAUGAAGAUUUUUCUCCGUUUUCUACAUUUGUAAAUAUGACUUCAAGAAAAACAAGACCUUCUACUACUACAAAUAUAAAUUCUAAUAAUUAUAACAAACCAGCAACAUAUGAAGUACCACUUUCUUUAACAUUAGAAGAAUUAUAUAGUGGAUGUAAAAAAAAAUUAAAAAUAACAAGGAAGAGAUUUAUGGGUACAAAAAGUUAUGAAGAUGAUAAUUUCGUAACUAUAGAUGUAAAGGCAGGAUGGAAAGAUGGAACAAAAAUUACUUUUUAUGGAGAAGGUGAUCAGUUAUCUCCGAUGGCACAACCAGGUGAUUUAGUUUUUAAAGUAAAAACAAAAGCACACGAUAGGUUUUUAAGAGAUUCCAAUCAUUUAAUAUAUAAAUGCCCAGUACCACUUGAUAAAGCUUUAACUGGUUUUCAAUUUAUUGUAAAAUCGUUGGAUAAUAGAGAUAUAAAUGUAAGAAUAGAUGAUAUUGUAACACCAAAAACUCGAAAAAUAGUUGCAAAUGAAGGUAUGCCUUCUUCAAAACAUCCUGGUAUGAAAGGAGACUUAAUUGUAGAAUUCGAUAUUGUUUUUCCAAAAAAUUUAACUAGCGAAAAAAAAAGAAUAAUAAGAGAAGUACUCGCAAACACAUUUUAA